AUGGGCCAGCUCGACACUUUGGUUUCUCUUGCUACUGCCCCGGACCUUUCGAUCGAAAAGGGGGCGGAACGUGGGGAGACAGGCACAGACGAUCGCUACGUCCACUUCUACAACCGACCAGACGCAGGGCUCGACAUCAGACCCUGGUACUAUUUCAGCAACAUCGCUGAAGCCCACCCUUCAACCGUCGAGCAAUUGGGUCUGAUGCCGACUCACAAGCCACCGAGCAUGAACAUGCCAAUCAGCUGCGCCCUCCUCUCCCUCGAAACCUGCAGUCUCCACAACAUCGGCAUCGGUAUGCACAACGUCACGAUAUCAGUGACGGCGUUGAAAGAGCCGAUAAUGAUAUACGUCGUGUUUACGCGGAUGCAAGUCGGAUUCGGAACGCACGAAGAAUUGGGCCGUGCAGUAGCAGACUACGAAGGCGCCGACGGUCCAGAGGAUGAUGAGUAG